ACAAGGCGAAAAUGAUUGAUCAAGGAAAGCAUUUGAUACCAUGGAUGGGCGAUAACACGUUGAAAAUAGACAGGUUUCUGCAGGUGCGUUGGCUGCGAACAGGCGGUGUGGAAGCGCGGUAUACGCGUUCUACACGCUCGUAGAGCAACGUGCUCUCUCGUGAAGUUGGUGUUUGUGGCUGAUCCGUCGGCGCAGCAGCAAGGUGAGACACAGCGUAGAGAGACAAACGGCAGCUGACGAUUGUAGUGGUACUACAAUCGGUCAGCAUGGUAUGUAUUAGCGCUCCUAGAAUCGAGCAUCGCGGCGUAGACUCGCACCCGCGGUUGCUGUUAUACUCUUGUACUGUGUUCAAUGUACCACGGCGAUCGCGAACCGAACAAUUUUGUAAGCACAAUUUAGUAUGCGAACAGCUUGUUCAUGUAGAUGACGAAAGGUUUUUUACACAUACUGUAAUUUUCCGUGUAUUCUUGUUUUAUAAGCACCCGAUCCGGUGUUCGAGCAGUCUCAUCGUAAAGCAGAGUAACGUUUCGCGAGUAUGCUUGAAGACGAUUCGAAUUAGAGUAGCAUCGGUCUUAUUGAUACCUUUUAUACGAUUAUAUGCUUCUGUAUGACUUACAAUCGUUUAUGAUAAGAAAUGAUAGAAGUGAGCCAUCGAGUUUCUGUAUAAUUCUAUUCUAUUUCAGAGGAAUCAGGCUUUGACACAGGUUUUACUUGGUAACACAGUUUUCAGAUGCGGAGAUUGAGGAAAUUGUUGGAAAAAAAAGAGAGAAAAAAAAGAAAGAAAGAAAAAACAACUAGUAUCAUCGUUUUCCUUGGCUAACACGCGCAUUGUAUGUGUAUAGAUACGAUGGACGCGGAGCACUGGGGGAUUUACGGAUAUACGAACCACCGACAGGUGGGUUCGAUCAAAGAACGAUUCUGACGGAGGAGGAGCUGAAAGUGGAACAAUUGUGCGACGAAGAAAGGUAUCGGUCCCUCUACAACAACGAGAUGGAGGACUCGAUCCAUCACGAGGAAGAAAUAAAACGACUUCAUCAAGCGUUGGAUUCGGAGAAUACGUACGGUCAGGUGGGGUACGACUACAACGAGGAAGGCAAGACCGCGACCGGUUCGAAAAGCACGUGCGACGAUUCGCAAAGUCCGAAAAGAUCCGAAGGAUCCCAGGAGGAGGAUCAAGCUUUCGUACCACCUCCUGAUUUGGAAAUACCAGAUGGUAUUCCAUUGCCGGAAACUCAAAAACUGAAUGCCAUCAUAACGAAAACGGCGUUGUUUAUAAGUCGUCAAGGAGGGCAAAUGGAGAUCUUGAUUAAAGCGAAGCAGGCGAACAAUCCACAAUUUUCCUUCUUAUCGAUAGACGGGCCGCUGCAUCAAUAUUACAGAUACAUAUUGGAUGCAAUCAAGAGCGGAAAAUACAAUCCAGAAAAGCAGCCGGAGAAGGAGGAAGAAUCUGAACCCGAAGAUGGAUCGUCGGACCAAGACGACGAACCGUAUCUUCAUCCGAGUCUGGCGCCGUCGUUCACCAAGAUAGAGGCGGCUCCUAGUAUUCCAAGCAUACAGUACAAACCAUCAGCCGACUGCGCAUACUCGAUGCUUGUGAAUAAAAUCACCGGGAAACCGCCGCCUUCGAAAGCUCCUCCGCAACAGUUGGAAAGUACCGGUCAAGCGACGGCUACCGCAGCAGGGUAUUACCAUCCGGUAGCGGGACAGGGGUACAGUCCAUUUCCUGCGGCGGCACCUGUACAAUACUCCCACGGUCCGGUGAUAUACGGACCAAACGGCCAGAUACAAUCGCCGUUGCAAUUGGCACCUAUAAACACGGUGUCCUCCCCGAACGAUUCGCUCGCGGCUCACGUUGCGAUCACCGAGUGUCAACCGCCGUUGGUACCUUACGGAACUACGUCCCAGAAGCAACUGAGUAGACCUUCUUUCAUCGUACCGCCAGCGGACGUGCAAAUAAUUAUCGACAAAAUGGCUAGCUACGUGGCGAAAAAUGGUCGAGAUUUCGAAGCAAUCGUGAAAAAUAAAGGUGACCCGAGGUUUAAUUUUCUGGAACUGUCGCAUCAGUAUCACGGUUACUACGCGCACAAGUUAACGAUAUACGAAGGCGCGGUAAAUCCAAAAGUGUUGACGGAGGAGGAGUUGCUACAGAAACAAGAACCACAGGAGGAGAAACAGAAAAAAUUGGAAGAAUUACAAAAGAAGCAGCAAAGAAUGGAAGAAGUACAAAAACGGGUGAAAAUGAUACAAGCGAAAAAGAAAUGCGACACAAGAAUGAAACAGACGACGACGACGACGACGUCAACGACAACGAUAACGACAUCGUCGACGGGAGGAGGGCUGAAACAAGUAACGACCGUGUCAUUUUCCAUAAAAAAACCAAAGGAGGGUGAAACGGGAGUAAUCGAGAAGCGGAACGCUCUUCCGUUGGAGGAGAGCGACGAGGAAAUGGGAAGCGAGAACAAAGAGGGCAACUCGAAGCCGAGUUCGCCGCAGGAUUCUAUGGAACAGAAUUUCCUAACUGCUGUCGGCACAAUGGACAAAGACGCAUGGAAGACGGAGAAGAAACCUAAGAACGAAGAAAAGGAAUUGGUAGAUUUGACCGACGAAAUUUUGGAAGAUUGUCAGAAAGAGAUUAGACACAAUAAACAGAACGAAGAGAGAAUAAAAGACAAAUUAGUGGCUGCGGCGCGAGACAAGCUCGCAGCUACUUCCAGAGAAAGGCAACUUCAAUUGGAAAGAAAGAAGAAGGCCGCGGCAUUUUUGAGUCAAAUCCAGACGAACGUGUUGUCGAAAAGUAGCGGUCACAGCAGUCACAGCGGUAAUAGCGGUGGGAGUGUUGGUCAGGGGGCGCGAAAAGACGAUUCGGACGAGGUGCAUUCUGUUCCGUCUCCGUCGCCUUCGCCCUCGUUAGACGACGCGAAAUCCUGCGACUCCAGGAGCGGUGGAAACUCGUUGAUGGACAGAUUGAAAAGCGCGGAUCUGACCGGUAAAAGAUCUAGACCGCGAUCGAGAAGUUGCAGUAGGAGUCGAAGUUGCACGGACAGACAAAGAUUUCACAAGAAGCACAAGAAAAAGAAAAGCUCGCACCGAAGCAGCCACGAUAGUCCGAGUAGUUCUCGAUCGCACAGGUCCAAGAAGAGCAAAAAGUCUUCGUCCAAGCAUAGAUCUCCAUCGCGAACACCAUCCCGAAGGCAUCAGCACAACGCGCGACGAAAAGGAAGCAAUUCAUCCUAUUCAGAUUCGAGUUCACCUUGAAAUAUUGCUCGUUAUCCAUUAUUCGUAUUUCGAACAUUUUGAUACGUAUAAAAGUGUAUGUACAUACAAGGAUAUAAGCGUCGUGCGUACAUAUAUGCUUGCGCGUAUGUACGGUUAUCACAUUCAACGCGUCAAUGAUAAUUUUAAUACAAAUGUUGUCCAAGGAAUGAAAAUACAUAAUAAAUGGGGUAACAGGAUCGAAGAAUAAAGAGAAAUUUUUAACUGAAA